UCCGGCUGCAACAAUUAAGUUCGGAAGCGAUAAAGUAACACACUUCAGUGAGUUAUCCUUUCGAGCAGAGCAGAGUCUUAGAUGAAUUCUUUAAACGUUCUACUUGUGGGCUUAGUGACAAUUGCCGCAGUUGCCGUAGCCCCCACGGGUGCCGACCAAAGACUGCGGCCCAGUUGCAAUAACCUGGCCAAUGGUGCCCUUCUAACUGAUCCAGCCAGGUGUGCCGGCUAUUAUGUCUGCACGCGCGGCAGAGCGGUGCAUCACUCCUGUCGCCUGGGACAGUACUAUGACGAGGCAAGCCAGUCCUGUAAAUCGGCCAGUUUGGUCCACUGCAUCAAUCUAAGAGGCUUGGCGCUGCGCGUUGCUCUUGAUUUGGAUGCAGGUGAGCACGAGCCCUGCUCAACAACACCUCCCCCAUGCGAGACAACCACGCCAAAGGCUCCGUGUGAUAUAGAGCCACCGCCCUCGCCGCCUAUCACAACAACAUGUGCCCCACCAGCAACACCACCACCAACAACUCCUUGUGAGACAGCACCUCCACCUACAACAACGACAGCAACAAGCGCACCAACACCACCCACAACAACAACAAGCGCCCCAUCUCCACCCAUAACAACUCCUUCUGAAACAGCACCACCACCUACAACAACGCCUACAACAAGCGCACCACCACCACCACCUACAACAACGACAGCAACAAGCGCACCACCUCCACCCACAACAACUUCCUGUGAAACGGCACCACCACCUACAACGACAACAACAAGCGCACCAACACCACCCACAACAACAACAAGCGCCCCAUCUCCACCCAUAACAACUCCUUGUGAAACAGCACCACCACCUACAACAACCCCAACAACAAGCGCACCACCACCACCACCUACAACAACGACAGCAACAAGCGCACCGCCUCCACCCACAACACCUCCUUGUGAAACAGCACCACCACCUACAACAACAAGCGCACCACCACCACCCACAACAACAACAAGCUCCCCAUCUCCACCCAUAACAACUCCUUCUGAAACAGCACCACCACCUACAACAACGCCAAUAACAAGCGCACCACCACCACCACCUACAACAACGACAGCAACAAGCGCACCACCUCCACCCACAACAACUUCCUGUGAAACAGCACCACCACCUACAACGACAACAACAAGCGCACCACCACCACCCACAACAACAACAAGCGCGCCACCUCCACCCAUAACAACUCCUUCUGAAACAGCACCACCACCUACAACAACCCCAACAACAAGCGCACCACCACCACCACCUACAACAACGACAGCAACAAGCGCACCACCUCCACCCACAACACCUCCUUGUGAAACAGCACCACCACCACCCACAACAACAAGCGGCCCAUCUCCACCCAUAACAACUCCUUGUGAAACAGCACCACCACCUACAACAACGCCAACAACAAGCGCACCACCACCACCACCUACAACAACGACAGCAACAAGCGCACCGCCUCCACCCACAACACCUCCUUGUGAAACAGCACCACCACCUACAACAACAAGCGCACCACCACCACCCACAACAACAACAAGCGCCCCAUCUCCACCCAUAACAACUCCUUCUGAAACAGCACCACCACCUACAACAACGCCAAUAACAAGCGCACCACCACCACCACCUACAACAACGACAGCAACAAGCGCACCACCUCCACCCACAACAACUUCCUGUGAAACAGCACCACCACCUACAACGACAACAACAAGCGCACCACCACCACCCACAACAACAACAAGCGCCCCAUCUCCACCCAUAACAACUCCUUCUGAAACAGCACCACCACCUACAACAACGCCAACAACAAGCGCACCAACACCACAACCUACAACAACGACAGCAACAAGCGGACCACCUCCACCCACAACACCACCUUGUGAAACAGCACCACCACCACCCACAACAACAAGCGCCCCAUCUCCACCCAUAACAACUCCUUCUGAAACAGCACCACCACCUACAACAACGCCAAUAACAAGCGCACCACCACCACCACCUACAACAACGACGACAAUAAGUGCACCACCCGCAACGACGCCAAGUGAAACUAUAACUACAACAAAGCAACCCUGUCGUCGUCCAACUACAACAGCACCAUGUGCAUCACCACCGGCAAUACCCACAACAACUCCCUGUGAGACUGAUCCACCACCGACCACUCCGUGUGAGACAGACCCUCCGCCGACAACUCCGUGUGAGACAGACCCUCCACCGACAACUCCGUGUGAGACAGACCCUCCACCGACAACUCCCUGUGAGCCACCUACUACCACACCGUGUGCUCCACCAACCACCACACCCUGUGAAGAAGAAGUUGCAAAAGAAGUUAAAAAACCUAUUGUCAAUCGUCUGCUAAGUCUCAUCAGCUCCUCCAGCGACGACUGUCAGAACAGAGCCGACGGCGUUUUCCUGCAGGACUCGAAGCAUUGUCGCCGGUUCUACCAGUGCAACGGCGGUGUCCGCGUGGUGCGCCGCUGCAAGGCGGGCAGCUGGUUCGAUAUCGAGGCAGGCAAAUGUCGCCGUCGCAACCUGGUCCUUAACUGUGCCGCGCAGCGUAAUUAAGCAACGAUAGAGUCGCGCAGACAGACCAAGGCAAAUCUCUCCGUUAACUGACUAUAUAACACACCUAGCCUAAAUGUGAAUCAAUUCAAAUAAAUCGCAGCUUAUACAUAUA